AUGAACUCAGCAUUGUCACUUGUUCUAGAAUCAAGAGAUAUCUUUGUAGUUGCUUAUAUGGACGACAGCCAGAUAGAAACAAUCAUCACCAUUGGGCUUAGCAAUGGAACUUAUGUACCUACAGCCAAAGUGCAAUCCUCGGCCCCUCUUUAUUCAUCAUCUAGAGCUAUAGAAGCCAUUGGUGAAUAUGGAGAUGAUGAUAAAAUUUUUAUCCUAAGUAAUGGAGGCAAUGAAGCCUAUAUCAUUAUCUACGAUUUCUCUGAAGAUAAGGUGGUUACUACAUAUUAUCUCUCUACUACAAUCAUUCAUGCUAUUGCUGUUAAAUACGGGUAUCUAUAUCUUGGACCUAGAGAAUCUAUUUCCUACAUAGGUACGCUUAGCAAACAUGACUUCCAUGAUACAUUUCUGACUGCUCAGCUUUAUAGUGAAGUAAGUGUAACGAUCCAGUCUUCAGGUACUUUUACCGCGCCUACAUCUGCAACUAUUACAAUGAAUGUUGAGACGGGAAGCAGGACCAUAACGGAUAGUUCUCCAACACUGCUCUCAGAUGUAGAUACACAAACCAUAGCUGUCUACACUGGAAAUUUUAAUUACCAGAAUACAUCAUUCACUGAUAUAACUGUUUCUACUGGAGGCAAGAGUACUCAUGAAAUAGUCACUCCGUGUUAUGUCACCAAUGAUAAUAACUACACUAUGUCUGCUGAAUUGGUCACCAACAAGGAUGGAGACACAAGUCCGAGUUGGGUCACCUUGAAAGAUGAUUUUUCAGCAAUUAUUGUUAAUGCUCCUGAGACCAAGAAUAACGUGGCAACUUAUGAAAUAGGGAUAAACUUUACUUAUCAAAGGAAUUUUCAAGGUCAAACAGCCAAUUAUAGUUUUACCCAGUACAGUUCCAUCAAUCUUUUCAAUUGAGGAAUUUCUAAUUGAGGCGUCUGUGAAGAAUCCACCAAGGACACCUUAUGUAAUGGCUGUAAAAAUGGAUAUGUCCUCUCUCAAGACAAGAAGGAAUGAUCAAAAGAGGUUUUGCCAGUACAGGCAUUUGCAGCAGCCACAACUGUUGUGGUUGUUGCAUCAGCUGGUGUUGCAGCUAUAAAUGCAAUGACUUCAACUAGUUCAGGAUCGAGCUCAGUUUGGUCUGUGGUCAACCAAUACCAACUGUAUCUACUCUUCCCAUUGUUGAAGAGUUAUAUGCCAGCUGAUUUUGUAUACUACCUGACAGAGUUCGAGAUGUUCAAUCUAAAUUUUGGGUUUCUGGACUUUGCCAAGUUCCCGGAGAUAGAGCCAUUCGUGGAAGAUCUAGACUACAAACUUGAUGAUGAGAUCUUUGAAGAAAACGGGUUUAGUUCUGGAAGCUUCUUCGUGAAACAGUUUCAAUUUUUCAAAGCCAUUGCUUUCAUGGGACUAUUCAACCUAGCUUUUGUCGCUGUCUUUUAUUGCAUUCCAGUAUUAAAGAAGAAGAAGUUCACAAAGAAGAUAUUUGAAUGGCUGCUCUCGUUCUUCUUCUUCACUUGCUACAUUAGGCUGGUCUUGGAAGCCUAUCUGUUCGCGUUUAUAAGCUGCAUACUGGAGGUUACGACAUUCUCAGCUUUUCUUGAUAAACCUGUAUCGUAUCAUAUCUCUUUAGUGUUCAUGAUUAUUUUUCUGGUUUUACCAUUCGCUAUAUAUUAUCAUUUUAAGAAAUAUAACGAAGAUGGUCAAAUCGAAGAUUCGUCCAAGUUUAAAGAGUGAUACGAAGGGUAUAAGCCAGGCAAGAAGAACCAACUGUUUGGAGUGGUGUUCCUGACCAGGAGAAUUAUCGUUGCAACUUGUAUUGUUGUCUUUAGGAACUCAGCUGUGUCCAUGAAAUGAACCUUGUUUUUAGUUUUCCAAAUUCUAUAUCUUCAAUAUCUCGUACAGAAUAGACCUUAUGAAUCUGCAAAGGAUAACUUACUUGAAGUACUGAAUGAGGUAAUUUUCCUGUUCCUGAAUGGACUGAUUUGUCUGUUUCAAACUGAAGCUCAAUGGAAAGUAGGAAUGUCCCAGGCCUGCAUUAUGAUUGUCAUGAUCAACGGCUUCCUAGUCUCCAUUAUUGUUGCUAUUGAUGGUCUUAUCAGCCUAAAAAAUUACCUCAAGCAAAAAUGUUGCAAGAGUAAAACAGUAGUGAUCGAUAAUACAACUACCAGAAGAGAGCUAGGAGAUGAGCCUCCUGCUCCCCCGAAAUUAGUUACAGACUUCUUCUCCAAAAGAAAACUUUCAGGUGAAAAAGUUGAAGUAAAAAGGAAAGAAAAUCAGAAUUAUCAAGAAGAACUCAGCAUCGAUCAACAACACAGUCAAGACUUUAUAAAGAGAGGUGCAUUUCCUUCCCCAGAUUACCAGUUCUAACCUUAUCCAUACCCAGACCCCC